ACUAGGCUCAACGUCCUCUCUUCCAAACAAUGCAUCUCUCUCAACCAGAGCAUUGUUUCCUUUUCAACGGUCACUAUCCACAACAAUCGCGAACCCGCUAAGCAGCCAUGCGAACUCAACUUUGGACGGCCCUGUUGACAGGUGCGGCCGCCGUGCAUGGGGCGAUGGCCCAAAACAUUACCGUUUAUGGCGCGGCGGAGCUACCGGCGGGUGCCACCGAGACGUUUCUGACCUGUCUGUCCAGCCUGGAGACCAGCUACCGGGUGUACGUGGACUCCGGGAUGACAGUGAUCCUCCCGCCAGGAAGCAACCAAACCAUCACGCUGGAUGGUGCGGACAGCGGGCUCUACGACUGCCUGACCAUCUCCGAGGUGAUGACGGGGAUGCAACUCGCCGUCGAGGACACAGUCGAAGCCGACGCGAACCAAGAGGAGAACAGCAUCCCCACGAGCGCGGCGACCUACGCGUGGCUCCUUGCGCAGGGUGCCCAAGGCCAAACGCCGAUCGGAACCCGGCCGUCCGCCAGCGCCAACAGCACCACCAUCCACGACGAGGAUGAGGAUCUCGGGCGACGGGACGAUGAUCACGGGGGGCUGGCGAAACGCACCCACUACCACUACUACGGCUACCUGUCCGACUACUCGGCCUGCACCGACUCGGCACUCGUGACCCGCUACGGCAGCACCUGCUACAACCAUAACCAGGCCUACUACGGGGUGCGGUUCGAGAACGCCUUCGCCGAGAAGAUCCUCACCAUGAUCAUCUGGCCGCACCACCGCUGCGACAACGGCAACGUGCGCUCCUUCACCGUCGCGCCCCUGUCGCUCAGUGCUUGCCAGUCGCGCACGACCUACUCCUAUUAUGGUCAUUAUGUCACUUGCAAAUGCACCUAGCGAGAGAGAGCGAUAUAGACCAGACGAUCUCGUCCGACGAAGUAUCAGAGCUCUGGGGAACGCCUUUGUCUUCCCGUGUGUCCGUUUUCUUUGGGCCAUCGUGCGUGGGCCUGAAACCUAGUUUGAGGUGCAGAGUUGGCUCCGAGUGUGGUAGAACAUGGGAUUCUCGCGCUGUUCCGGAAUCAACACUCGACGUGGUGCAUUGCAGCUUG